AUGUAUUCGUCAGAACAGAGCAAAUGGGUGGCAUUCCAAUUCAAAGACCCCUUCGCAGCAGACAAGUUUCUUGUCUGCCAUGUUGGGAGGGGAGUCUGCUGCCGUCCUAACUGUGACCUUGGGUUUUCUAGCUUCAACAAAUCGGAUAUAGUUUUUGUCGACACAUUGGAUCAAGCUACUGCCAACGGCUACCAUCCUUGCAAGCAUUGUUUCCCAGACAGACAGCCAAACCCAGAAGACCUGCACGACACAUUUGUUUCUAUCGAUCUUGAUCUCCUGGUCAAGACUGUUGAGUACGUCAACGAGUCCAUUGGCUUUAUCAAGCCAUUGAUGGAUGAGGAAGAUGAUAAGAACAGCUCAUUGAAAGAGUCCUUGUGGAAGAGCAAUAAUACCUCGUUGAAAAAACGCCUCUCGGGCGGACCCGUUGACGACAGCGACGAGGUCCCACUUACCCGUAACAAAUUUGAUCAUCUCAAGCUCAUAGACCUGGCAUGUCGCCACAUUGCGCUUGCCGCCCUAUCGACCAGCCACAGCGCUUCCAUGGUGAGCGAGUCGCUUUCCAAAAGUCCAUCGCCUCCAGACUCUCGCCGGGCCAGCCAGGCCGGCCAAGGCCGCAAAAAAAGACGCAGGGGCGGAGUGCUGGGAUUUAAGGAGCUGGCAUCCAAGUCGAACCUGAGUCCAUGGCAUUUCCACCGUGUGUUCAAGUCCGUCACGGGACAGACCCCAAAGGCCUACGGAGACAAAUGUUGGGAAUUUAUCAAUAAACAGGAGCGCAAACACCCGGUUGUUCACAGGAGAAGAGAAUCCAUAGUUAUCGACACGCGAAUUGCCAAUCCAACGCUUUCUGGCGACGACGACGACAAGUCUGCCAGAGGCAGCACGCCUGAAGCUGACAGGGAGCCAGUGCAGCACGCCCCAGCUGCCGAGCCUACCGAACCAAUGGGGCUUAUGGAGACCGUCGAGCCUGCGCCUCCGCUCGCACCGUUGGCGCCUGCCGCCUCAACCACCGCCCCUGCAGUUGAGCCAGAGCAGCUGUUCAAGUCCGACCUGUCCCUGAGCGCGCCUGCAGACCUAAACUCGCCGCUCGAGGCCACCACGCCACUGUUUUACGACCCAGGCCAAAUCACCGUGCCGCCUUCUGCCACCGUGUCGCCGAUUAUGCCUUCCACAGCCGACUCUUCGGCCACGUCGUUCCAGUGGUUUGACGAGAUUGAGGAUUUGUUUCCGCCAAAGGCCGCAGAUCUUAACUUUGAGCUCGAGUCGUACCAAUACACGCCUUCGAUGGCCUACAUUACCAACCAGCAGGCGCAGCUGCAGAAACAGCGGCAGUUGGAGGAGACCGAACUCGCGGAUGAUUGGCUGUCCGGGUUCAAGGACGAUCAUCAGGACUUUCUGGUUAGAGACGAAUUAACGAACUACAUUGGAUAA